AUGGAGAGUAAUGAAGAGGCAAAUCGAUUAUUAGAUAUUCAAGAAGAUUCUGUUGAUGAACUACAAGCUACACUUAACCAAAUGAUUGAAUUUGUUGGAUCACAUAAUAUUAAAGAAAUUUGG